AUGCCAAUUGUUCAUAAAUUCAUUGAUGGCGAAGAUUCUCAUAAAUGGGCGGUUCGUGCUGCUUCUUGGGGUGGAUUACCAAAAUGGGGAUGGAAUAAACAAGAAUAUCCUGAAUUGAAAUUCGAACUUUUCGGAAGAACUUUCAAAAAUCCAAUUGGUUUAGCUGCUGGAUUUGAUAAAGAUGGAGAAGCGAUUGUUCCAUUGGCAAAAGAUUCAGGGUUUGGGCUUAUUGAGAUUGGAAGUGUUACACCAAUUCCACAACCUGGAAAUUCAAAACCCCGAGUUUUUCGGCUACUUGAAGAUGAGGUAAAUUCUUGAUUUUUUAUACACUGUUUCCAAGGAAUCAUCUCAUAUUUGUUUUUCAAUCCAGGGAGUUAUAAAUCGCUAUGGUUUCAACAGCGACGGCGUUGGAAAAGUGCAACAAAGAGUGAGAAAUGCGCGAGAUUAUUGGAAUUCUCAAGAUUGGGCAUAUUUUGGAGUGAAUUUGGGCAAAAAUAAAUUAACUGAGGAUGCAAAGUGAGUUUUUAUUGAAGAUUCUCCCAAAUGUAAUUUUUUAAAUUGAAAUGUGGGAUAAUUUUCUUUUUGAAAAUAAUUUAUGGUAUUUUUUCCAAAAUUCAAACUUGUUCCAGAUUAGAUUAUGAAAUUGGCGUGAAUUAUUUUGCAUCAUAUUGUGAUUAUCUUGUCUUAAAUGUUUCAAGUCCAAAUACUCCAGGUCUUCGAAGUAUGCAAAAGAAAUCGGAUUUGGAAAAAUUGUUGAGUUAUGUUAAAAGUUCGUUAGAUUUGCAUCGAUUGAAUGAAAAACGACCACAGUUGUUUUUGAAAAUUGCACCGGAUUUGAUUGAGAAUGAAUUGAAGGAUAUUGCUCAGGUUAGUUAGAAAUUGUUCCUCUGUUGUUAAAACAUGAAAAAAAAACAAAUUAUUUUGCAGGUGGUCACAAAUAAAAAAUAUGGAAUUGACGGAAUAAUUGUCUCAAACACAACAAUUUCUCGACCCGAUUCGUUACAAAGUGAAAAUAAGGCUGAAACUGGAGGAUUAAGUGGGGCGCCAGUGAAAGAAAUUAGCACAGAAUGUGUACGGAAAAUGUAUAGGUGAGAAGAUAUUUUUGGGGAAAUUUUUCAAAAAAAAAUGAAUUGUAAAAUUUAGCCUUACAAAUGGUCAAAUUCCAAUAAUUGGAUGUGGUGGAGUUGCAAAUGGAAAAGAUGCUUAUGAAAAAAUAAGGUUUGUUUUUUGAGAAUUGAAACACGUUUUUCAGCAAUUUUCCUGAAAACUUGGCUGAAAAUUCCACUUUUCAGCUUUUUUUGAUGAAAUUUGGCAAAAUUUGCAAACUAUCGUCAAAAAUCGAUAUUACCACCUGAAAUUCUAAACAAUUUCAUAUAAAAUAAUAUUUUUAACUUUUGAAAAUUUCAAGAAAAUCCUUCGGAAACCCAUAAAUUAGACACAAAUUAAUUUUUCUCAUUGAAAAUGUUUUUUUUGGAAAUUUGAAAAUUGAAAAAUUUUCGCGCCAAAGUAUUAAGUUCUAUAUUUUUGCAGAGCCGGUGCAUCACUUGUCCAAUUAUAUUCUUCUCUAGUUUAUCAAGGCUUUCCAGUAAUUGGAAAAGUGAAACGAGAACUCGCUGAAUUGCUCAAAAACGACGGAUUUGAUAAUGUUACGGAUGCGAUUGGCGCUGAUCAUAGAAUUAAUCAGGAGAAUAGAAAAUAA